CUUUUAUCCCGGGGCCCUCCCCAAGCCCCCCACAGACGCCAGCCAUCCCGUUUCAAAAACUGGAGCCAGAGCCGUAGCGUGCAGCCAUGACGCCCGAGCAGGCGCGGCGCACCAUUCAAAUCGUUGUGGCGGCCACCAAGCAGUGGGGCAUCGGCAAGGGCGGCAGCCUGCCGUGGAGCCUGCCUGGGGACAUGAAGUACUUUCGGGAGCUGACCUCGCGUACCGCCGACCCCGCCAAGCAGAACGUGGUCAUCAUGGGGCGCAAGACCUGGGAGUCCAUCCCCGCCAAGUUCAGGCCGCUGGCGGGGCGCAUCAACGUGGUGCUCACACGCGGCGCCGUGGCGGGCGACGAAAACGCGAGCGCGCCAGGCAACGCCACCGCCGCGCUUGCAGAGGCCAGCAAGGCGGAGGGCGUGCACAUCAGCAGCAGCCUGGACAGCGCGCUGGAGAUGCUGAGCGGGCCGGAGUUUGAUAGCCGUGUGGAGAGCGUGUUUGUCAUUGGCGGCGGCCAGGUGUACAAGGAGUGCAUGGAGUCGCCGCUGCUGUCGGCCAUCCACCUGACGCUGGUGGAGGGGGAGGCUGCGGAGGCCGCCAACUGCGACACCUUCAUGCCGCCGGUGGACGAGAGCCGGUUCCGGCUGUGGAGCGCGUCGGCGCCGCGCAGCGUGGGCGGCACGCGCUACUCUUUUUUGUGCUACACCCGCGCCGGGCAGGAGGGCCUGCCGGCGCUUCCGCCGACGGUGGCCAGCCGGCACGAGGAGCACCAGUACCUGGAGAUGAUUGAGGAUGUGAUGGCCAACGGCGUGUUCCGCGGCGACCGCACCGGCACCGGCACCUACAGCAAGUUUGGCGCCACCAUGCGCUUCAACCUGCGCCACUCCUUCCCCCUGCUCACAACCAAGCGCGUGUUCUGGCGGGGCGUGGCUGAGGAGCUGCUGUGGUUUGUGAGCGGGUGCACGAAUGCGCGGGUGCUGAUGGACAAGGGGAUCCACAUCUGGGAUGGAAAUGGAUCGCGCGAGUACCUGGACUCCAUAGGCCUCAGCCACAGGGAGGAGAUGGAUUUGGGCCCCGUGUACGGCUUCCAGUGGCGCCACUUUGGGGCUGAGUACACCGACAUGCAUGCAGACUAUGGCGGCAAGGGCGUGGACCAGCUGGCAGAGCUGAUCCACAAGAUAAAGACGAACCCAAACGACCGCCGCCUGGUGCUCUCGGCCUGGAACCCGGCUGCGCUCACGGACAUGGCGCUGCCGCCCUGCCACAUGUUCUGCCAGUUUUACGUGGCAGAUGGCGAGCUCAGCUGCCAGAUGUACCAACGGUCGUGCGACCUGGGCCUGGGCGUGCCCUUCAACAUCGCUUCCUACUCAUUGCUCACAUGCAUGGUGGCUCAGGUGUGCGGUCUGCGGCCCGGCGACUUUGUGCACGUCCUGGGUGACGCGCAUGUGUAUGCCAACCACGUGGGCCCCCUGCGGGACCAGCUGAAAAACGCGCCGCGCCACUUCCCACGCCUGCUCAUAAACCCCGCCAAGACCGACAUCGACUCAUUCGUGUUUGACGACUUCCAGCUGGAGGGCUACCAGCCGCACAAGGCCAUCAAGAUGCAGAUGGCGGUGUGAUGCGGCGGCAGAGGGUCAGCGCAGGCCCUCGCAGCCCAGGCGCAGCCAGGUUGCCCCAUAGCACGACAGCAGCAGUGCGUAGACAGGGCCAGCAAAUGGCACCAGCCGCCCCCAGCUAGACAGCUACUUACACGGUGGCGCUGCUGCCGAUCACGCGAGGCAGCGGCAAGCUGGCAGACAGCACAGGUGCACCGCUGUGCAAUGCGCACGGUUACCUCGUUUCGCUGCUUGAUCGCUAUGCAUUUUUGUAGUGCCCAAGUGGCGUGUAACCAACAGGCAGAC